AUGUCUACCCUCCCUCAAAAUCUCCAAGGAUACUUUCGAUGGAUCCAGAAAUGCAAUGGUGGCUUGAGAGGAAAGGAAAAGUACCAUCCUUGGACCGUUGGUAAGAGCACAGUGGGUUACCUUCAGCCAUGGCUGUUCCAGAAGCUGCAGGCAGAUUUCCCAGGUGUAUUCAAGGUGAGCCUUUCAUGCCCACAAAGUUCUGACGCUGUAGGCAGCCUCAUUCUCGACGAGAGCUUGAAAACUUGCGAGGAACGCAGUGCAGCCCUGGCAGGCGUGCUAGCGCAGCUGAGGGAUGAGGGCGUCCUGACCGGGUGGCGCAGUGAACUCUACCCAGUGCUGACCUCCUUCCAAGGGCAGCCGCUGGCUCUGGUCGAGCGUGCAGCCGCCGUGCACCUGGGCAUCAAGGCAUAUGGCGUGCAUGUGAACGGCUACGUGGAGACAGAGAGGGGCGUUGAGCUGUGGGUGGCCACGCGCAGCCGCAGCAAACCCACCUGGCCCGGCCGCUUGGACCACAUUGUGGCUGGAGGCCAGCCGCAUGGGCUCAGCCCAGGGGCUAAUGUCACCAAGGAGUGUGGUGAGGAGGCCAGCAUUCCAGAAGAGCUGGCGAGGAAUGCAAAGCCUGUGGGUGCCGUGAGCUACGAGGAGAUGCAGGAGUCGGGGCUGAAAAGAGAUGUGCUGUUCUGUUACGACCUUCAGCUGCCAGCUGACUUUGUACCUGCACCCCAGGAUGGAGAAGUGGAGUCAUUCCAAAGACUUCCUAUUGAAGAAGUGGCCGAAAUUAUAGCAAACACAGACAAGUUCAAGGACAACUGCAACCUUGUCAUCAUUGAUUUUCUCAUUCGCCAUGGAUUUAUCAGGCCUGAGCAGGAGGGCUACCUUGAGCUUCUCGCAGGAUUGAGACUGGGGCCAUUGUCUUGA